AUGAGUUCGGGAAGCGCAACAGUAAGAGCAGAAAGUGUGCCUCCCGCACAACCUGUCACAAAGGUAGCAUACCCAUUCUGGUUUGGUGGUGCAGCAGCAGGAGUAGCAGCGACUGUAAGCCAUCCAUUUGAUUUGAUAAAAGUACGUCUCCAGACUACUAAUGCUCAAAGAGGUAGUGCGGUUAAGACUUUCAAGAAUAUCAUACGGAUAGAAGGUGUAAGAGGAUUAUACAAGGGAUUGUCCGCUAGUUUAUUGCGACAAGGGACGUAUUCGACUACGCGUUUCGGCGCUUACGACAAGUUUAAACAUGCACUCUCGAGGGAUGGAGACUUUGGUGCGAUUUCUGCGUGUAAGAUUAAAAGCGAACAGCAAUCCAAAACAAAGGACUAUAGUAGUACUAGUGAACCGGACCAGAUGCUUCUCUGUGCUGCAGCGGCAGGUAGCUUCGGCGGUGCGUGUGGUAAUCCUGCGGAUGUCGUAAUGGUACGCAUGCAGAAUGACGCUAAGCGUCCUCUGAACGAGCGAUAUAAUUAUAAGCAUGCCAUUGAUGGUCUUAUUAAAAUUCAACGAGAGGAAACAUUCCGCGGACUUUUCCGGGGUAUAGGGCCUAAUGUAAAUCGAGCCAUUCUGAUGACUGCCUCACAAUUGGCAACAUAUGAUAAGUUUAAGGAACUGUUAUUGGGAACGGGGGUAUUCAAGGAUAAUUAUAUAACGCAUUUCGGUGCCAGUUCUCUAUCGGGUUUGGUCGCGACGACGGUCUGUUCGCCACUUGACGUCAUUAAGACCCGCAUUAUGAGUGAUGCUGGAUCAACAAAGGGAGUCGUUGCCAGUCUUGCUCUAAUUAUCCGUAAAGAAGGCCCGGCAGCGCUUUUCAAAGGUUGGCUGCCAGCAUUCAUUCGUCUUACCCCUCACACAAUAGUCACUUUCAUGGUCCUCGAACAAUUUAGAAAUGUUUAUGACCAUAUAAUACUUGACGUACAUUAA